AUGUUGUCAGUCUUCUGGCCAAAAACCAAUGUAGCUGAAAGUCUGAAACUGGAGGUCUCGGACGAGUUUACACAAUCGUUACAGCAAGCACUCGAUAAAUGCACGCAGACCAACUCCAUCCACGAAAAACUGGAGAGUAGUAUAAAAAGUAGUUCCCAAAAGUUCGAACCGAAACUCUUAGCUGAAUAUGGUCAGUCCUAUCAAGAAUGGUCCAAACAGUUUGAGAACGCUGUAAAGAAGUAUAUCGAGGAGCAGAGUCUAGUGGAACGGAAGGAUAGCAUCGAGAAAACGCUAAACGAGCUGGAAGCGAAGCGGCAAAACCUUUGGUUCUUUGAGAACAAGGAUGACAUCGAUAUUCAGAUAUACAAGAAGAAGGUUCAAUAUCCUAAGCGCUGGUUAGGAAAGAAAAAGACGCCAAAGGCAGCAGACACGUUCUACGUGCCGCCAAGUGUCACGAGAUCCGCCAACUGA